GAAGGUAAGAAGCCGCUCCAAUGUUGGUCGGCAGUGCUUCAUACCAGAACAUGGACCCGGAGUUCUUCGAGACAAUUAAUGACUGUCACCUGCAUAUAGUGGGGCAAUGAGACAACGCAAGUUGCGAUCUUUUUUCUUCUUCUAGAGGUGAAGGUGAACACUGACGCUCUGGCCGGCUGCCUGUCUCGCCAAGCCCUUAAGCCCCUACUGCUGUCUUUGUUCUCUCAAUCACUCACCAACACCAACCAUUCAAUUUUCUUUUCUGAAUAAUUUAUUUACAAUACCCUUACAACAGUACCCCACGCAUCCAUGGACACUGCAGGUUUCGUUUCACGGCUCUUGCGCAACCCUGCUGAGGCGGAGGUCGACAGAUUUCUCCAAACUCGCAGUGGCAAGCAGAUGGUUCAGUUGUUCCGUUUGAUACCAGAGCCCGCAGCACAGGCUGCGCUUACAGCGAGGCUGCUGCUGCUUGCUCCCCAAGUCAUGAGCGGUCGCCAUCGCUUCGUUGCCCCAGAGAAAGCUAAGAAAGCUCUUAAUGCCUUUGUUGGAUUUCGGUGUUACUACAUCUCAAUCCCUCAUUUCAAGUCAUGGCCCAUGAAGAAGCUCUCCAACCUCAUCGGACUCCUAUGGGAGACCGAUCCAAACAAGUCACUAUGGUCGUUGAUGACGAAAGCCUGGUCCGCCAUUCGCGACCAAAUCGGCAAGGACAGAGCUCCGCUUGACCAGUUCUUCUCACUCAUCUGCCCUCACCUCAACAUGCCUGCGCCAGAGUCAUACCUUGCGGUUCUUGGAUGGUCUGUCUCAAUCAACGAAGAGGGCGAUCCCACGAUCUCCCAUGAUGGCUCUUCCAGGUCUGCCUGCGUCGGUGCUGGACUUUCGGACACUGCGCUAUCUGUUCAAGACAUUAUUGCCUAUGUUCAGUCAAUGGGAUACGCAUCUACCUAUGUCGCUGAUGUCAACACCACAUCACCAACUUUCCUCGGACAUUCGGUCACCUCCACUGCGGAGAAGAGUAAUCUCGCCGGGGCAGCGACACCCGCCGUAGCGCCUGCAACUGACCGUCGCAUAACUGCACGCAAUAAGCGCCGCGCGAAGCGAGAGCUCGCUAAGGUUACUGGCUUGAGGGCAAACCUUGAACAAGAUAUCCUCAACGCGCAUAGGGUUGACCCUGGCCGCGCAGGCGAGUACAUGCCUGACCAUUACCCCACUCCUGCCGCUGUCAACUACGACCCCAUUCCAUUCUACGAUCAGCUUGUCGGUUACUUUGACAGCCCGAUUCCCAACUUCCAAGACGAUGCAGCCAUGUCUUCUGGCGCAACUUUGAUCGACGCUACACCUGUCUCUGACGACACCCUUCAUGGCGAGAUGGACGACAUCGUCUCAAACGCGGCUUUCUUUCAAAGCGACUUCGAUGCUUUCCGCCCCGGCGCCAACGAGGAUGCAACCCUUCCCACCUUCGACGAUGUUUUCAACGCUUAACAUCUCCGUCACCUGAACUGUGUCUUCAUAAAUUAUCUAUCAAGAGCACGCACAUCAUUCCAUCAAUGACUCGAGCUUCUUGAGAGACUAGUGAACUCCACACGUCGUCACUCAUUUCCCGUCCACAUAUUGCGUAUAGUUCUCGCUUCUCGAUGUUCCCAGAGGCUGAUGACUUAAAUUCGGCAACGCAUUCGACUCGCCUACAUACCUUGCAACUAUUCUACGGAUCGGGCAACUCCCUUGCUUUGAUAGCACCCCUUGGUUUCGCCCCAACCAAAAGUUCUUGUCUGCCACUGAUCUACCUUCGUACAAA